AUGAAAUUGAAGGAAGUGCUGUGUAUUAGCGGAAUACUCGCUCUCUUUGUCACAGAGUGUAGAGGAGAAAACGAUAAUUCUGAUAUAAUAGAUAUUACUGAUGAGCUAGUCAAUAAAGGAAAAAGAAAAGCAAGUGAAAUAGCUGGCUCAAAGAAGGAUCUUACUUCUCAGCAGAAACAAAAGAAAAAAGCUGGAAAUGAAAUAGAAAAUCCAAAGUUAAAUGAAAAAGAAGUUAAAAAGGGAAUGAACAGUUUAGAUUUUAGCUUAUGGGGCAAAAGACUAGACAAUUCAAGAAGAAAAAAAUAUAAUUUAACGGCUGACAUAGUAUGGAAAAACGAAAGCUUAGAAAAAGACAUAAAAAAUAUAGAAAAAAAUAUAUGCUACCAAGAAGAACUUAAUAGCAAUAUCGAAGACUUUUCUUCCGCUGUACCAGAUACAACUGACAAAAAGUUUUUGUGCUUUAUGGCAUACAACUCUACAGCGAUAAACGCAAAAUACAAAGAAUGUUUUGGGCUGAAAGCACUGCAUAGGUAUAAAGCAUUCAAUAAUAUAAAAUUACUGGAGAAAUUCAAAGAGUAUUAUUCUCGGGCAUUUGAUGACCUGAUAGAAUACAUAAAAAAGAAUCGGCCAAUGCACACGCCUAAAUCCAAGGUAAUAACAGAAUGGAAAGAGACUUUUGGCGAUAUCUACAUGCGAAAAUGUCUUGAUGUAGACAAAUUUAUGUCUAGCGAGCAGAAAGUGAUCCACGAGCUAAAAAACAAGCAUCAGCAGACAUUGGCAA